CGCCCGCCGCGGUCGCUGCCGGGGCCGCUGCUGACAACAAGAUGGCGGCGGCGGCGGCGGGUCCGGCGGGCGCUGAGAGCCGCGUCCUGGGCUACAGCCUGCACCGCUGGAGCAGCUUCUCCUCCACAUACCUGCCCGAGAAUAUCUUGGUGGAUAAGCCCAAUGAUCAGUCCUCAAGGUGGUCUUCAGAGAGCAAUUAUCCCCCCCAGUAUUUGAUUCUGAAACUUGAAAGACCUGCCAUAGUCCAGAGCAUCACAUUUGGCAAAUAUGAGAAAACACAUGUCUGCAACUUAAAGAAGUUUAAAGUUUUCGGUGGGAUGAAUGAGGAGAAUAUGACAGAUCUCUUAUCCAGUGGCUUAAAGAAUGAUUAUAACAAAGAAACAUUCACCUUGAAGCAUAAAAUUGAUGAACAGAUGUUCCCCUGUCGAUUCAUUAAGAUAGUUCCACUCUUGUCCUGGGGGCCUAGCUUCAAUUUUAGUAUCUGGUAUGUUGAACUUAAUGGCAUUGAUGAUCCAGAUGUGGUCCAGCCGUGCCUCAACUGGUACAGCAAGUACCGUGAACAGGAAGCCAUUCGCCUUUGCCUAAAGCAUUUUCGGCAGCACAACUACACCGAGGCUUUCGAGUCGCUGCAGAAGAAAACCAAGAUUGCUCUGGAGCACCCCAUGCUGACAGACCUCCACGACAAGCUGGUGUUGAAGGGAGACUUCGAUGCCUGUGAAGAACUGAUAGAAAAAGCUGUGAAUGAUGGCUUAUUCAAUCAGUAUAUCAGUCAGCAAGAGUACAAACCUCGCUGGGGGCAGAUUAUCCCCAAAAGCACCAAAGGUGAUGGGGAAGACAGUCGACCAGGGAUGAGAGGUGGCCAUCAGAUGGUUAUAGAUGUGCAGACAGAAACUGUUUAUUUGUUUGGUGGCUGGGAUGGAACUCAGGAUCUGGCUGACUUCUGGGCAUACAGUGUGAAGGAAAACCAGUGGACCUGCAUAUCCAGGGAUACCGAGAAAGAGAGUGGUCCCAGUGCCAGAUCUUGUCACAAGAUGUGCAUUGACAUCCAGCGAAGGCAGAUCUACACGCUGGGCCGUUAUCUGGAUUCCUCUGUGAGGAACAGCAAGUCCCUGAAAAGUGACUUCUAUCGCUACGACAUUGACACCAACACUUGGAUGUUACUGAGUGAGGACACUGCUGCUGAUGGAGGCCCCAAGCUGGUGUUUGAUCAUCAGAUGUGUAUGGAUUCUGAAAAACACAUGAUCUACACCUUUGGAGGCCGAAUCCUGACCUGCAAUGGCAGUGUGGAUGACAGCAGAGCCAGUGAGCCACAGUUCAGUGGGUUGUUUGCUUUCGACUGCCAGUGUCAGACGUGGAAACUUCUGCGAGAGGAUUCCUGCAAUGCUGGACCCGAGGAUAUCCAGUCCCGGAUAGGACACUGUAUGUUGUUCCACUCUAAAAAUCGCUGCUUGUACGUGUUUGGUGGCCAGAGAUCGAAGACUUACUUGAAUGACUUCUUCAGUUAUGAUGUGGACAGCGACCACGUGGACAUUAUAUCUGAUGGCACGAAGAAAGAUUCAGGGAUGGUUCCAAUGACAGGUUUCACUCAAAGGGCCACCAUUGAUCCGGAACUGAACGAAAUCCAUGUCUUGUCAGGGCUCAGUAAAGACAAGGAGAAGCGGGAAGAGAAUGUAAGGAAUUCAUUCUGGAUUUAUGACAUUGUGAGGAACAGCUGGUCAUGUGUCUAUAAGAAUGACCAAGCAGCAAAAGAGAAUCCAGGUAAAAGCCUUCAGGAAGAGGAGCCCUGCCCCAGGUUUGCCCAUCAGCUGGUGUACGAUGAGUUGCACAAGGUUCAUUACUUAUUUGGAGGGAAUCCUGGUAAAUCCUGCUCUCCAAAGAUGAGAUUAGAUGAUUUCUGGUCUCUGAAGCUCUGUCGACCUUCAAAGGAAUACCUGCUAAGACACUGCAAAUACCUCAUAAGAAAGCACAGGUUCGAAGAAAAAGCUCAGACCGACCCUCUUAGUGCACUGAAGUACCUGCAGAAUGACUUGUAUGUGACCGUGGAUCACUCGGACCCCGAGGAGACAAAAGAGUUUCAGCUUCUUGCCUCAGCAUUAUUUAAGUCUGGCUCGGAUUUCACGACUCUUGGAUUUUCAGAUGUUGACCACACGUAUGCCCAGAGAACUCAGCUGUUUGACACGCUAGUCAACUUCUUUCCAGACAACAUGACCCCUCCCAAAGGCAACCUGGUGGACCUCAUCACGCUGUAACGGAGCAACCACUGGACACGUGGCAGAGGAAAAAAGCAUCCAUUUUCAGUAUUUUAAUUUUUUUACUGCAUUGAUUGACUGCUGGGAUGAAGUUAAUAUAGUGACCCCUAGGUGUUUGAAAGGGGUUUUAUACUUGUAUGGUGAAUCCCUGGAGCUUUUUCCUUGGAGUAGGUUAAUAAAAUGUAACUGACGUACUUCUGACUAAAUAUAUAUAUAUUUUUUCUGACUUUGGAUUUUGAGUUAGCAAAUGUAAGAUGAAAAGGUGGGGGGAAAAGAAAAAAAAGAAAUAAAACCCAGUCACGUAGUGAUCUUUUUGCCUGUGGGGGAAAAUUGAGAUUUGUGAGUUGUCUGGGAUUAAAGAUGAUGGGUUUUAUUCUGGGUUUCCUGAGGAAGAGGGGGGAGAAGUUUUUCUUUCCUCAUCUGUAUCUUGUCACAAUAUAUUGCUUUAUGCUACAACUCCAUCCUCAGCAGCUGAAUAACUUGCUGGCAGGACACUGGCACACGUUGAGGUAAAAGUAAUUUAUGUCUUGAGUCUUGUAAUCUUGUGUCGUGGGGAGGCGAGCGCGUGUUACAAAGCGUCUGUCUCCUCGCCCCAGAAUCGAGCUGACAGUCGUGUCUAACUGCAUCUGAGACUCGAUCUAAACCGAAUACCUACAUCCCUCUCUUCUGUUCUCUGGAGCCUUCCACUUAAGCCUGGCAGGCAAGUGGGAACCUCAGAGAAACUGCUGGAAAGCGGGAGAACGGCCCCUGUUCGGGGAUCGCUCUCUCUGCUGCUGUGCUCUUCCACUGGGAAACCACAGGGGUCCUCGGCGAGCCCGGCAGAACUGGGUCUUCCACCACACCCCCCCCCCCAACAACCUCUGCAACCUGACCCCGGGUUGGGUGUAGGGUUUCUGAAGCAGAUUGUCUUCGUUUCCGUGUGCUUCUGUGUGCGUUUGUCCGUGUGUCCCCUGUGCAGAGCGUUGCUCCCGGCAGCUUGUCUCCUUCCCGUGCAGUGCAGCUCACGCACUUGUCAGCGCACUUUAGACCUAGAUCUGAACGUGAGGGAGGCCUUCCUAGCAUAAAUCUCUUUGGAAGCCAGCUGAUGCAUACGUAUAGAAAAUAUAUUCUUCCUCCUCGCUGAAAGCCUUCUUUCUAAACACCGUAAGGGCUUGGUGCUGCACUGUGAAGUGGAAUGAAGGACACGCAUAGCCAGCUCUAGAAACUGUGCAUUUGGUGUCAGUGAGUGUUCAGUACACACUGGCACAUGUAAAUAUUUAUAUGAGACUGCAAAGCUUUAUGUCCAGCAGUGUUCACGCCAGCUGGGUAUCGUUGCUGCACCCGCUGAGGCCUCGUGGCCCCUGUUGAACUUGAUGGAAAAUCCUUUGUGUUGCAAAGAUGGACUCUUGAAAUAAAAGAGUUGGUCAAGUGUCUUUUUCAGAGCUCGAGUGUCUGCUUGCUUUGAUUGCAUUGUAUUGCCUCUUUAUCAUGUUCUUUGUGUGACUUUUGUAGUCCUGCUACGUUAGAAAUAAAUUUAAAAAAACUCAUACUAAUGUUUAAUCACUUAGAAAGGAACAAUAUGUCAGAGGCCGGGCUUUGCUUGUCUGCAGGGAGGACUGUACAAAUGCAGUGUUUUUAACCUGUCACUUGAGACUGUUCAGACAUUGUACACUUCAGUGGAUGGCAAAUCACAUGUCUGGGGAAGACUCCACUCGGUGAAGGAAAUGAAAUCUGAUGAAAUCAUUUCUUUGGAACGUGGCAGGUUUUUUUUCCCAGUGAUGUGGAAAGUUUUACGUUACCGCUGGGCUUCAUGAUGUGCUACCUGUGCUGAGGCUUUGUUAACUAAUUAGAGUUUAUCCAGUACAAAUGUAGAUAACAGAGGAAUAUUCCAGCUGACGUGUUGCUUCCAUUGAGGUUGAACUGAUCACUUCUAAUGCAACCAGCCAAAAUGCUGCAGCCCUCUAGUACGUAAAAUUUGAGUGCUGUUGUGCUCCCUUAUCACUUGAUCUCACUGCCUGUGUGUCCUCCAGCUUCAGUCAGAUAUUGAAUGCUUUUUGUGACAGUUCUCUAAUCAGCCAGGCUCUUCAUAAAUUUUUAUGUGUGUCCACCUUGGGUGACCACGCGUGAGGCCAAAAGGUAGACCUAGCUGGAGCAGACGGGAGGACUUUAGGACUGCCAAAAGCCGUGAACGGCGUUGGUGGUGAGCGCUGCGUGGUGUCAGGUCUGAUUUGUGUCAGAGAAAUUCGAUCCAAACUCCCUGUCCUCUGUGUGGGGGUGCCUGGGAAACCUGGCAGCCUUGGCUCCGUGUUUUGUAGCACCGUGUGAGUCGAUGGUUUGUCUGAGGUGCUCCUGCAGGACUGACGGUCCCAGCUAACGAGGGCCCUUCAGGAUGAUCAAAUAUUGACCUGGCUUUAUCCUGGGCGGAUCGAUGUGGGCUCACACCAGUGCAGUUCAUGGAUGGCAGCUGGUGAUUAACCAGCAGAAAAUAUUUGCUCAGCCUCGGAGUAUUUGUUGAGCAGCAGAGGCACCGUGUGGCCAGAGAGGUUAAUCCAAAGGGAAAAGGCUUCUUGUGGCUUUGCCAAGGGUCUUUCCUUCUCCCGUGUCCUUAAAGCUAGGAGUCAAAACUAAAUGAUUUUUUUUUUUUUUUGCAUUGGUGUGUGCUGCACUACCUGAUUUUAAAAUCUAAUCAAAAAUUCUUGAGCAGUGAAGUACAAGUUUCCUUUCAAAGUCAGCCAGUUGUUGUCAGGCAGCGACACGGAGAGUUUGGAUUUAAUUACGUGCAGAUCUUUAAAGGCACUGGUGAUAUUCCAGGAAAGCAUUAGAUGUUCUCAUUACAGAAAUCCCGAAGUACAAACAGAAAAGAAACCCACUGGGUCUGAAAACAGCCACCUGAAAGUGUUUCACAGCCUAGUGCAUGCCAGGUUUAUAAACACACAAGCUGUGCGUGAGAAGCCUUCAAACCUCACCAUCACUGCUUGCAGGCUGUGUCUGAGGCUGCUUUUUAGCUUAGGCAAGACAAACAUACGCUAUUUGCCUCUACCAUAGGUUGUAAGGUGACUUUGUGUAUGAACUUGACACCACAUAAUCUUUGCACUACAGUAGUUCUACCUGUAAAUUCCGUGUUAACCUGUAAAUAAGGUUAUUGCAGAGGAAGGCGUCGUUCCUUGUCAGGGAGGGACUCAUUCACGAGGACUGGGGUCUUUAAAGCCAAAGUUGCAAGGUUCUGGUAGGCCUUUUAAAGCUGGAGGAAGUCGAGUGGGAUAAACUUGAUACAGACAUCCAGACUUCAGUCCUGUUUUAGCUUUUUUAAUAUCCUUUGAGAUCCUUGAGUUUGGUUCUUCACUGACAGUGGCCCUUACGGUAUCAUUCAGUAGAUCAUCUCUUUGGAAAACAGGAAAUUAUACUUUAUAUUGUUCCUAUUCUCAUUUUCUUAGAGAAAUAAAGCCCUACAGAACUGAUUUGUUUGGUCACUUGGAUUAGGUAGAAUUAAGUUGAGUUUGUUUAUGUUUGUUUUACCACAACCCCUCAAAGUAGUCACAAGGUAGAAGUUCUUAAGAGUUCUCCCAAAAUGACCUCUCAAAGCAAGUGCUGCUCUUGCAGCAUAACCCAGAAUGUUUUCAUGUGGCAGCAGGACUUUCUUAGAUGUUGAUAAAAGUUAGGAGACCUUAGCCACCUUCUGGCCAUGCUUUUUUUGAGGAUCCCGUUGAUUAAUAUUGAUCCCAGGCAGGCCUGAAGGGUGAUGCAAAGUGUUCACUGAAAUUAACUGUAGUUUUUAUCUUCUGUCUCUUUUAAAGAUAUUUAUGAUCUGUUUGUUUUUGUCAUCUCUUCCUUUUGCUGAGGAGAACAGGGAAGGAGAACUUUGUCGUGGAAAAGUUCAGUUUGCCCUUUCCCUGGCUAUGUAGUAAAGGCAGUCAGAUCCAGUUUCUUGAAUAAACACCUGGAAUUUGGUUUUUGUUUUGCCCAGGAUGGCUCUGUGUGCACACAGGAAUGCCCUGCCUAGCUCAGGGAUCAGGCUGAAGCUUCCUACCAGAACAUCACUUAGCAGAAUCUUACUCUAAAUUUGGAAAAUCAGUCUGGGAACACCCAAUUGGAAGAGCUUUUCUAAGGUACUGCCUUGUGCAGUGGCAACUGGAGUGAAAGUAGGGAAUUUUCCUGAAGAGCACAGAAAAGCUUCCCUUUGUGAAUUGGAGUGACGGGGUUAAAUGAAAUUGCUGAAACUUUUUUAGUCGCUGAUUGUAACAACUUAGCCUGGAAAUUUGGUGAUUUAAUGACUAAAGUUUAAUGACUGAGGAGUCAGUAAGCAAAUUAAUUGGACACAGCUGUUUGCAGGAGGGUGGCAGAGGUGUGGGGGCUGCUGGCCGGGCAAUGUCGCAGCUUCAUCCUUGUGUUCCUUUAAUUGGCAGCCACGAGUGUCCGGGUCUCCAUUAGCUGUGUCUUCUUCCAGCAGAGACUCCUUCCAAAGCCGAGUAACGAGCCUGGAAGUUGUGUUUUCCACAGGGCUUUGGGGAACAGCUGUUUUCUGAAUCACUUUCCUGACGUGUGCGAAUUUUUCAAGGGGAGUUUUUCGGUGUGACGCGAGUCGUGCGUUGACCUGGCCCUGCUGUGCCAGCCUGCGCUGGGGAGCGAUGGAUUCAGAGCAGUGCCCUGAGCAACACCUGAAACUUGCUUUGCUGCUCUUGCUGUGAGAAAGAUGAGCAUUAGUGCUGCUCGUUUCGAAUGCAGGAGAGUAACACAAACAUUAUUAGUUUUCCUGCUGCCUCCUGUAUUUCAGAACUGAGCAAGAAAUACUUUUGUAGAGCUCAUCGGGUGAAACUUUUCGUUUGAAUUACUUCUGUGCAACCUCCACCCCUGUGCAGGCAGUAAUUCUGUGCCACUUCUGGGAAAAAAAUGGCAAAAAAAAAAUCAUUAGAUACGAUUCCAUUCGGUCCCUUCGUUUUUACAAGUGGAAAAAAUGUCUUGUGAAACCUUGAGUCCCCCGUGAAUGCUUUGAAUUUUAGCUUAUUAGUUGGCUCGGAGUUAAGGAAUGUUUGGCUAUUGUCAAGUGAAGUCCUGACAGUAAAAGCAGUUUCAUGUUAUGUCUCUGGAAGUGCUUGUGUUGUUUUAUAGCUGUAUUUAUUCCAGAAACAGAAGUGGGCCCAUUUAAAAAUUAAAAUUAUUGGUGUUUUGAUUUAGGGGGAAGAUUAUAGAAUCUCUGAGCUUGGCCUAUUUUAAUGAGUACAUGUGAUAAUUUGGAAAUGGGUCUUAUUUUGUGAAAGGAGAGUUAAAGGACAACUAUAUGACUUGUUCUUGGUCUAGAUUGUAGUAGUAUAUAAGCUGUAAAUACUGUUGAAAUGUAAAUGUGCUGUCAGAAGCUUGUUAGUGUAUCUAAAACUCCUGUGGGAAUGGGAGACUGUCAUGGAAAAGGUUAUACUGGCAACGAUUGGAGUUGUGGUAAUGGAUUAUAGGCAAAACCCCUGUUUUACUGAAAGCCUCUAUUAUAAUGAAAAGUUGGAGUGGAAAAAGUAGGUUUACUGUACUGGAACCAUGAUAACAGUCCGUGGCUCAGCGCUUGGAUCAAUUGACUCCAGAUGCUUUUGUCUGUAGGCAGUGGAUCCAAAUGUGGUUUUGGAGUGGAAGCCAGUUAAUGACCUGCUUAUUGCUGUUGGAGAGUCCCCCAGGAGCACCUCGCAGGGAAUGCCAGCAGGUAUCCUUUUGGCAUUCCUGGCAGAGGUCAAAGAACUGGCUGGAGUUUGGGAUUAUCCACGUGUGCUUUGGUUAUAUGUCUGUGACCCUGUUUGCGUGGGUUGGGUGUAAUUCCAGCUGUGUGGCUGAGGUGUUGGAGACCUGCAAAGGCAGCAUCUUCCCCAGCCACAGAUCCUGAAGGUAACACAUUGCUGCUGUCUCCUUUGCUUUCGUGGACCAGAUUUGAUAGGGAUGAACUCCAGGCACUUGCUGUGACCCAAAUUCAGUGCUCUGCUUCCAAGCCACUCGCUGGAGCUGCUGUCAGUGGAUCAGCUGGGUACCCUGAAAUCUUAAUUUGUACUCAGUGCAGACAGGACUGUAUGUUGUCCUGGCUUCCAGCUGUUUGCUGUAAGUCAGCACAGCUUUUUACUGAUGACCUGGAGACUGUGAGUGCUGUCAGAAAUCAGUCAACUGUUCAGCUGCAGCAUGGCAUCACAGUUCAUUCCUGAAAACAGGAAUGUGAGUGAAUGGCUCAAAACUGGCUCUAUCUGCUUAGAUUUUUUUGGUUUGCUAUUAAUUUGGAAGGAAAAUCUUAUCCCUAGCAGACAUGAUGGUGAAAGCAUGGUUCCUUGGCUAUUCCCCCAUUUAUUCUGACUUUUCUUUCCCCUGUGUGGCUUUUCACUGCUGUUAAAAUGCCUUCAGACUUCCAUGAGUUUAAUGGAUACCAGCUGAAGAAUUAGAGGUUAGAACCACGUGGUGGUUGUUGAGGCAGCAGUUUCUCCGUGUCACAUCAUCCUCCAGUUGCUUCCUUUGCAAAACUCCUUCCUGCUGCCUCUGAGACAGUCAGGGAGGAUCCUUGUGAUCUACAUUGUUCUUUCCAGGGAUGUUUUUCGUCUUGGGUAAGGACAGGGAAGUGUGGCAGCUGAUUUCCCACUGCAGCGUGAUUCACUUCUGCCCCUCCAUGAGCCCUCAUUGAGUGCUGUCAGAAGCCUUCCCUCCUGUCUCAGGGUUUGUUUUACUUGGCCCCGAGAGGGUGGCAGUUGUUCAGCAGGAAGGAGAAGGGUGAUGAUACCAACCCUCAAGUUGUCCAAGGUUCCUGCACCUGCUUUCAUCACCCCAAAUCUUUCACUGGUGGGGGCAAGCAGCUGGUAUUGGGGUGGGGGUUUGGUUUAGUUCUGCAGAGUAGCUGGGCAGAGGGAAUGGGAAGAGAAAGGUGCUUAGGGAUAAUACAGCAGUGGCUCAUGUGAGUAGGUGUGCAAGAUGUGCUCUGUCUUUGUGGAAGGACUCUGAAGACUCUUUAACAAGCAGUUCUGCUGUUUGCACCCGAUUUUUUUCCUGUAAGCUGAAUUCCCUGGCUCUUUUUCCAAUGGAAGUGAUGCAAUACCAGGAUCUUGGGAGUCCUGGGGCUUCACCUCGAGCCUGAGCCCCCUCCACCCCAAGGACACCAGAGAGACUCGUGCAGAUUUUACUCUCUCCCCAGUCCCUCCCUCCACAGCGAUGGGCUUAACUCUGCUCCAACAGCCCAGAGGUGGUGCAGCACCAUCAGCUCUGGCUGCCUUCAGAGAUUGUUAAAACCUAAAGAUGUUCUGAGCUUUCUGGUGAAAGCUGCCAGUGAGAUGAAGGGAGAUCAUGUGCUUUUUAAUUAAUGUGUGAGGGGGGGGAAGGCCAGACCACAACAGUGGCUCUGGUGGUUGCAGUCAUCUCCACAUCCCAAAUACCACUGGAUAGGUUUUUCUCCCCAGUGAUGCAGCACUAAAUAGAGAAGUGCUGCAGCAGGGUCUGUUCCUUAAAGAAAACCCUCUGAGGGGUGAAAAGUGAUAUUUUUUUUUUUUUUGAGGUUUUGACAAAAAAUUCAGCUCUCAGGGGGGAAAAUGGAAAACUAUUGUAUUGCUGACUUGGUUUCCUCUCUUGUCUGCUGUGGUCCCCGGGAAUGCAAACUUGCAGGAGGGAGGGAAUAUUGCCUUCAUCUCUCCCUCAUCAUUCCUAUCCCUCCUCCCCUCCCUCCCGUUGAUGUUCAGCUGUGUGGAACACUUUUCACUUCAGAAGCUGCUGUGCUGGGUAUUGGAAAAGAAAACAAGCCCCUUGUUAUUAGUAGCUGUUACUAUAGUAGCUGUGUAGUAGCCGUAUUUUCUGCUCUCUUUCCAGCACACCCUCCUCCACAGCAGGAAAUGAGGGGACAGUGGAGAGACCAUAAGCCAGAGAAACGAGCUGAAUUACACAAACAAAUGUGUUUAUGGGAGUCUUGAGCCUUGGAGGCCCCGAACUGCACAGACCACUUUGCUGAGGGGCAGAGAAUCAAAGUCUGUGGGCUCGUUCCCUGUUAAUUGGAGAUGACAUUCCCGUCCUUGUGGGCUGGUGGUGGUGUGCAUCUCGUGCGUUCCUGUGCUGAGAUGUGCCGUGCCUCGUUUUGGAAGUGCUGGGCUUAGCUUUGCUAAAAUGAUCCCUCUUUGGCGAGUUGAUAGCACAGACAGGAUCUGGAAAGCUUGGGGUCAAACAGCAGUGAGCUGGCUGGGCAGCAUCACCUGGCUGGGGUGGGUUUUUUGGCUGCUUGUUGAGCUGUUGCCUCUACCCUGAUGGUAGCACUGUACUGUGUGGUGGUUUGUUUGUCUGGACCUUCAGUGUUCAUUAGCUCGUCCUCUACACCCCUGUGUGGUCCCCAAAAGCUGGUUAUCCCUACGUAGUGCUGGAAGUGUGAGUGUCCACCCCUUGUCCAGAGUUUGGCCCUUUUUGUUCUGUUUUGGCAGCCAGCUUGAAGCAUUUGCCUCUCUGCAGCAACCCUGCAGCCUCUGGUGUCCGUCGGAAUUCCCGCUGGUGUCUGUCCUGCAGUUGUUGUCUCGAACACCGGAGCACAGGAGAGCUGAGCUGAGAGGUGUGGACAGCCCUGGGCUGGGAAGGAGCAUCCGUGGGGUGAUGAACACUGUGAACUGCUCAUGUGUUUUAAUAGGCAAGUUAAAUAUUGACUAGUCCUGUGUUGAGCCCGUGGUGGUUACAGGAAUCAUUCCUGGACUCCGGUGAUUCCCCAUCCCACCCUUUCCUUUACGGAUGAUCUUUGCUCAGCCCGGAGUGUUAAUUUUCUUCCUUGGCAUAAAUCAUCUCUGAUGAUUUCUGGGUUGGUGUGUGAGCCCCAUGCUGUACAUAAAUGAAUGAGUGACACGAGGAAUAUCUACAAAUGUAGUUAUGUUGUAUGUAAUGUACAUAAGGAGAGAAUGUAUUUUGUUCAUUUUCUUUCUUAAUAAAAAUGUAUAUGCCAGCAA